CCGACGAGCAACAGCUGCUUCUGUCACUGUAUCCGUCGCUAUUGGUUUUACCUGCGUCUCAUGGUGUCUAUCGAUCCAAAGAUUUGUCUACCGCGUAUCUUCGUCGCAAACUUGGUCGCAAUGCGUGUCUCCGCUCUCUGAUAUCACCUACUGCCUUCCAGCUGUCGAAUCGGAUGUCUGAAUCCGUCUCAUGCUUGCGCGGAAGGACACCAGCUUUCCGCACUGAAUCAGGAGACUUCCGCGCGGUGUAUAAAAUGGGGGCUGUUCCAUUGAGACAGGCGUGAAUACAACUCAACUUGAACCACUACAAGCACUACAACAACAACAACAAGAAAUGUUCUCAAACUCUGCAACUCUGGCAUCGCUGUUCCCUGGCCGCCCAGCUGCAACAAGAAGCUUUCCCGGGACGGUCCCUACGUUCGCCCUCGGCCUGGCUCACUGCCGACGACGCUCCGGCUCCUCUUGCGGUCUCGUCGGCCGGAUCUGUCGCCCCCUUAUACGCGCCAUCUAUCAUGUAGACAAUCAUGAGGAGUGUAUACGGGUGAUGAUGCUCAAGUCGCCCACGGUUUGGAUGCGCUCGGAUGUUCUUCUUCCCAAGACCUUCGACAUGUCUCUGGUCUGUCUCUGGCCCGUCUCCUUGGUCGUUCAGGCUGCCGUCGUCGGUCCCAUCGUCCGCGCCAACCAUCCCCUGGUGUCCUCUGUCUCGAACGGGGUCAGCUCUUCAACACGCUGGCUCACAGUCAUUACCCUAUGGUGCUUCGUGCCCGGUCGGUUCUCUAUGGCCGCCGUUUUCAUCUUCGACGGCACCCGGAUGAUCGCUUUUCUCGUACAAGUCACCGUCUUAGAUUCAACGCCGAUCCUGCUCAAGAACUCGGUCUCGAUGCUUCCCUCGCCCGGCGCUCUCCUCACGCUUUCGUACAAACCCAGCACCGGCGAAGAUAUGGAAGACUCACUGGUCAAGAUGACUGUUCCGGCUCCUGUCUGCAACGUCUCGCUCGCGCCACAGGAAGCUCACUCUCCAGCGCCCGCAGUCUCAACCCCAGCACAACAGAAUCCGAUUGUAGCCUUUGAAGAAGAGCAAGGGUACUUUGAGGCGUUCACGGCCGCACCAAAGUCGGAGCCCGCAAGAUCCCGGGGCCAGGCAAAACCAAGGACGACGACGACAACGACUUCGACGACAAGGGGAAGCAAGUCAUCGACGCGGCGACCCCGCGAUCCCAUGGCGGUGUUGAUCUCGGAAGCACUGGCGAAAGAGAAGACGAAGAAGACGAGAUCGGUCAACAAGACAUCGACGAAGACGAGUGCGACGAAGGCAAACCCGCCACAGCAGCGACGCAAACGCGCACCUUCCGACCUGCCUACCGUUCCAGUUGACACGCUCCCUCUGUCGACUGUUCAAGAUGAUCUUUCGUCACCGACGGCUGUCCCUGAAGGCAAGGCAGAUUCGCUUCCUGGACGGGAUGUUCCUCUGAUCUUUCAUCCAGCCUUGCCACUCUACAACGCAAACAUACUUUCGGUGCCAGUUCUAGAGACGCCGGAUGUUCCUGUUCCCGCAUUGGGCGCUUUGGAGGAUGGAUCAGGGCAAGCUGCCGAGACUGACGAGAGGGAGGUUCCCAACUUGCAGCCGCCGCGUGCAAAUCUGGUGUUCAUCUUCGACGAGGAGCGCGAGCUGUUUGCGGCGUUUACGUCUGCACCGAGGUCCGAGCCAGCAAAACCUCGGGGCCAGUUUACAUCUACAAGAAGCAUUGCGACUAGGGCCGCUCCGCCACGUUCAAGCUCGACACGAAGACCGCGGGAUCCAAUGGCUGUGAUGAUAGAGGAGGGAUUGAGAAAGACGAAGAAGACCAAGCCGGCCAAGGCAUCGACCACGACAACCUCGACCACGGCAACCUCGACACGGCAACGGCGACCGCCACCUGUCGUCACGGCUGUCGAAAACGAAUUUGCAUCGCCGCCAAUUGCGAUUCUAGAAACCAAGCCCGAAUCACUGGGCCAUCUCGCCAUCGACCUGCCCCCGCCUGUGGUCGAAGCCCAACUGCAAGACACGCCCAGCAUCGAAAGCGCGUCAUUGCAGCCAUUUUUGCCUGCUCUUCACGAGGCGGAUCUGGAUCCCGAGGGGGAUGGAUUGGGAGCGGUAACGGACGACUCCGUGGUUGAGGUGGAUUUGGUGGCGGAGAUGCUGGUUUUGGGAAUGGAAGAGUCGGUUAAUGAGGAUAGGAGUGGAGAGGGUUUGAAUGGGGAGGAUGGAUGUGGAAUUGAUGUCUUUUCUGGGAGCAUGGAGUGCGCUAUAGUCCCUCCUGGCUUCGAUAUUUCUCUCGGCGAUACCACAACUGCUUCAACACAUAAUACGUCACCUCGGGCCUCCUCACACGCACAGCACACGGCACGCAGUUCCACGCAAGUCGCGCUGUCAGGGCAUCGAGAUGACGCUUUUGGUCCUGGUUUUGCUUCUCAUAAUUCUUUCGUAAUUUCUUCGACACCGCUGCCCUUGCAGUCGGCCACUACCUUCGAUAAUGACAAGAACGAGUUUAAUGUCUUGGGAGAUGAGUCGUUGUAUAAAUAUAAUGCGGAGGAGGUUAUCUAUAGGUUUCUUAUGUUUCCCACAAAGCGGCGGACACCCCCCAUCCUGCUGCCUCUCCUAUUAAUUUUGGCCGCCUGGUUGUUCGGUCCGAUGGUCCAUUCAUUGCAUGACUCGGUGCACGCCACUCCGAACCCGACAGCCUUCGGCGCUCCCAGCACCCGACAAGCGUUUCCGGACGCGUCCAUUCUUUUACCCGCUGCGACCGCUUUGGAAUUGCCUCUGCCGCCAUCUUUCGUUCUGGACAAGGCCCGCGGCAUCUCAAUCCCGGUUCUCGCACGUCCGCAGCACCCAUCUGCAUUCUAGGCCGGUUGUAGCUGCUCUCUGCUCCUAGCCUCUUUUAUUUUCGGUCUUGGCAACUCGCUCUCGGACACCCGCGCAACUCUCCAUCGCUGAUCACGAUUGGGAACCUCACCCACUUUUGGCUUCGGCCAUGUCCGCUCUUUUAUUGUAAUUGUGUCGGAACUACACCUGGAGAAGUCGACCUCCGGUGUUGUAUCAUAUCUGUAUUUGUAUGGGCGGUGUAUUUUUACGGUGUAUUUGUACUCUCGGCCGACCGAUUUGGCCUGCAUCACAUUUGUAUUUCUAUGGGCGAGUAGCAGGCGCUUGACGACGGUUGGGCGUGCGUGCACUUGCUGGAUUUUGGUGUGGACGGGGGGAAUGCGGAUGAGUCUUUGGGAACGGGGAACGGAAGGCGAGAACGCUGAUGAGUUUUGGAAUGGAUUGGAGGAGGGCGAGAAUGUGGAUGAGUCUAUGGGAACGGGGGACAGAAGGAAGGCGGGAAUGCGGAUGAGUCUUUGGAAGGGACGAUGAUGCUGGCGAGAAUAUGGAUGAGUCUUUGGGAUGGAUUGGAGAAGGGCGGGAAUGCGGAUGCGUCUUUUCGGGAGGGGAUGAAUCGUCGCGGAUACCAUUGGUGGGAGCAUCUUCGACAGGAAUGGUGCAGCCGGAAUACGUCCUCGGCAGGAAUGACGUCGGCGAGAAUGCAGAUGGGUCUUGGAUGGGGGAUUGGCGCGAAUGUGGAUGAGUCUUUCGAAGGGGAAGGGAACGGUCUGGAUGCGCCUUCGAUAGGAAUGGCGUUGACGAGGGUGUGAAUGCGUAGGCGAUGGAUGGAACGGAGAAGGGCAACGAUGGGAGCGCAUCUUCACUAGGAAGGAUGCUGGAGAGAUUGGGGAUCAGUCAUGGGAUACCCGGUUGGGGGGGACAGCCUCAAAACCGCCAUCGAACGUCGCCAAUGGAGAACAGCUCUUUGGCACGAAUUUUGAACGUCGAUACAUGGUCCAGGAAAGCCUGUGCAACCUGUAUCGUGGACUGUGACUCGAGAUAAGAGCAGUCAGACAGGCCGUUGUCACCAACAAACGCGCUCGCCACCCCAUUCGCACUGACGCCGAACACGACAUAAUACCCACGCUUCAACACGUCUAACGGUGUCUGCGGCUCAGAAGGCGGUGAAAUGUGACAAUGGAGCGGCAGUUUGUAGCGGCAGGAAAUUCAACUUGCCCUUGCAGAUGUUACUGCUCGUGUAUUAGUACUACAGAGAUCAUGGACUCUUUGCCCUGAACCAAAGCACCGCAAAUCAAAUAUAAAGGACAGAGCAACAAAGCAGAACGACCCAAAAGCAGCAUCGGCGCAGCAUCAGGCAGUGAACACCCGUAAUCGUCCCUCCUCGGACGAUUUCGGCCGAAUGAAACUGAUGUAACGACGACCAAGUUCAGGCCGAUAUGUUUGAGUCCGAUCAGGCCCAAAAGAAUCCAAUGGCUCUCUCUGAUCAGUGAUGACUUUCAACGUGCGAAGUCUGGACUGUGUUGAAUCCCGCUGCUAGCCGAGCGCUCCAGGCCGUCAUAGCCCUCGGCUAAGUUCGGGUAG